GUGUGUGUGUGUGGAUGAUUCAGCAGUCAGUCAGUCUCAGCAGCAGCAGCAGUGGACAGGUUCAGGUUCAGGUUCAGGGUUCAUCGUGUCCGGAAGCUUUUAUUUUGACAUUUGGGGUUUGUAAGGUGAACCCGUGCAGGUGACAGAUAUCCGCCGGAGACCCCGUAGCGAAGAGGCCGGAGACGGAGCAGGAGCGAACCGCCGCCGCCGCCGCGUCCUCCUCCUCCCGGUGGAUCUAUCCGGACUGUAACCGGCCCUCGUCCUUCCUCAGACCCUCUCCUGACGGAUUUAACCGAACUAAACCCCCCGGAGCCGCGUCCGGUCGCGUCCGUUCAACCCCCGACAUCGUUUCCGCAUUCGGACGCCCGAUGCUGCGUCCGCGCGGCAGCUCCUCUGGCUCCAUGUCUCUAUGGUGAAGUGGGCGGGGUCUGAUGUCAGCCCCUCCUUCUUGUGUUGACGACGCCCCUGUCAUGCCCACCAUGGUUUCUAGGCUGCCGAAGUUCGGCUCACGGACCAAGUCCACCACCUCGGCCUCCAGCGGCGCUCAGACGGUCCCGACUCCCACGGCGAAUGCCGCCACUUUCACCGGCGCUACUGCGUCCAGCACCCGCCUCACCAACGGGUUCUACCAUCAUCCCGGCCCGGCAGGGGUCAACGGCGGUGUGACCGCGCCCUCCGCCUCUGCCAAGCAGAAUGGAUUCAUCAGGGUGCCGACCUCGUUUUCCGUGAAAUGGAGGAAGGAGAAUGGGAUGACGACGGACGAUGGAGGGGCCAACGCAGAGCCAGAGUGGAGAGGAGGACGAGAUGGGAAUGUCGGGCAGAAUCGCCCCGGCAACAACAUCAAUCAGUAUUAUUACCAACGGCAACAGGCAUCACCAGUGGUGUCGCAGCACGACACCAAGAAGACGACUGCAUCCUCUGCAGGAAUGGGGCGUGGUUUCGGCCAGUCCGUGUCAUCUUCGUCAUCGCCGUCACCGCAGUCCAGCCCCAGAACUCUUCCCGUUUCUAAAAGCGGAACUCUAGGUUCCAAACCGAGUCCGACCGCGUCCAGGCUGACCAACGGCACCAAGCAGGCCCUAAACGCUCUCCCUGGAUCUCGCAGUGGAACCAGUGGUUCUCUGAGUCGGCCUCAGAGUUUUCCUCGUCCUGGUGGUCCUGGUCCAGGUUCUCGAACGGGUUCUCCCUUCCAAAAGAAGCCGCCAGCAAGCCGCUCGCUCUCCAGCGACAGCAUCGGGUCCGCUCCGACGGUCCGGCUGAUGGAGAGCGACCGGUUUCGGUCCCGCAGCCUCAACCAGGUCCGACAGCAGCCGUCGCUGCUCCGCAGCCCGUCCUCAAGCUCCUCCUCCUCCCUCCCCCGCUCCCCCACCGUCACACGUCCCUACUCUGUCACCAGGCCGGCCGUACGAGGACCCGCUCAGGCUCCGCCCACAGGGAGGCAGACACCAGAGGGAGGAGGCGGAGGUGUCAAAGCGUCGGGGAGGUCGGGGCUCGUGCCCCCCUCCGCCCUAAAGAAGCCCCUCCUACCCAACCUCGGCCCCGCCUCUAAGCCCAGUGGCAUCAGCUACAAGCUGUCACGCCCGUCACUCAUCAAGCAGGCCCGCCCCUUCCGGGUGACCCCAGCCCGUGUGUCCGGAGGCGACCCGGAUGUGAAUCUAGGAGCGACCUCAGCGGAGCGGCCGCCUGCGACAGGAAACAGCUCAGCAGAAAGUUCCCCAGAGGCUCCGGAGACAGAGGGGCUGCCGACAGAGCCAGUGGCCCAGGCAGAGGUGUCGAUUCUGGGGGAGACGCUGGAGGACAUGUCCCUGUCCUCGACGUCCUCUCUGGACAGAGACGACACCAGUCAGGAGUAUAUGGACGACUUCGACAACCUCGGAAUCGGAGACAUUGGCAUAAUGCUCCUGCCCUCCAAAAAUGACGAAGACGACUCUGGGCUCGACCAAUCGUGUGCCAGGUUCGACAAGUUGGCCGUCAACGGCGUCGCCGAGGCAACAGGCCUGUGUUUCCUGGAGGACGGGCUGGACUGGGCCGGCGUGCAGCUCAGUGGUGAAGGGGCGGAGCAUCGUCUGACUCAGCUGGGAUGCCGCAGAAGGACGAGUCAUCAGGAAUACCACGAGCAGGGGGGCUCGUCCCUGGACCUAUCCCCCUCUGACAGCUGCGGGUCGGGGGGAACCUACAUGUGGGACGAAGAGGGUCUGGAGCCACUGGGGGGCGCCGUCACCACCGCUUCCAUCAACACCACCAACAGCAGCACCACCCACCACAUCGGGAGCUUCGACUCAGAUGUCAACAGCAUCGACAUGAUGAACAACCUGGACUCUUGUGAUCUGGAAGACGAUGACCUCAUGCUGGACGCAGAAGACGUGUCCCUCGACAGCGACGGAGACCGGACGUCCAACAUGGCCCAGUGGAGGAUGAGGCAGCUCUGCUGGGGGACGCAGGACGUCCACACGGACCACGAGAGUGACCUCCAGUGCUACAAGCUGACGGAGGAUCCUGGGAACAAGAGGACGGACGGUGACUUCGUGCUUGACCUCUGCCCUUCAAGGACGCCCUGCCUGCCUCCUGCUCUGGGUCUGGAUGUGGAGGAGCUGGCUGACGACUGCUCCGCGGUGCGAUCGCAGCUGGAGCACCUGCAGAGGUUACUGCUGCAGGAGGACGACGUGGACGAGGACACUCUGACCACUGACACUCUGAGUCCCGAGGCCGAGGACUCGUCGCACAGCUCCGACUCGCAGGUGCAGGCUCUGCUGCAGGAGGUGCAGCAGCUCAGAGAGGAUCUGAGGAGCAGAGACCGGACCAUCGCUCAGCUCACACUGCAGCUGACUUUCCCGACGGUGACCGCCAGGUGUCGUUGCCAGGAGACGACAGGAAGGAUGGAUCGACACACGCAGAUGAGUGUGACGGAGAGAGAGAGCGUGGCCUCGCAGACGCCCUGGACGGAGCACAAGUCACAGAUAUUUCACUCCUCCGGCCGGGAAAACCAGGAACCACUGACGGACCGAGUCCCGCCGCCACCGCCGCUUGCCCAAGCUCCGCCUCCAGCACAAGCUCCGCCUUCAGCCCGCCCCUGCCCUGAGAUCCCUGCUGUUAGCCUCCCAGACGACAUGACAGAGGAAAGAGAGGAUGAUGGGAAAAGACCGACGAAGGAGAAGAGAGGAGCCCACUGCAGAUCCCUGAAGCUCCCCCAGCCCUCGAAGCUCUGCCUCUUCCUGUCUCAGACCUCCGCCGCUGCCCGGCCUCCCCAGACGAGGGCGUCCAGACAGCCGUCGACGCCUCACGACCCGGAGAGCGAAGGCUCUUCCGUGCUGAAGCCGGCGCUCGACACCUCCGGCUUGUCACGUCUUCCCAAACCGAAGAGCCACUGAGACAUCGCUCAUCUCAGAGCGGCUUCCUAACACGCAGCGACGCGAAGGAAACUUACUUACAAUACACAGUUAACUUAUUUAUGAAUUCACUUUUAAAAACAAGGUCACUCUUAAUUUAACAUGUCACCGUCUAAUUUACACGUUUUAUUUUUUAGUUUUAACAGGUUGACGAAAGCUCAGUUUCAGGUUUCUGCAUCUCUUCAUCUUCAUCUCGUCUUCAUCUUCAUCUCCUCUUCAUCUCGUCUUCAUCUUCUUUUCAUCUCGUCUCUUUCGUCUUUUAAAUUCAAGGUUCAGUAAAAUUAAAUGUUUCCAGAAACAUAAAACUUGAAGUUAUGAUAUUAUUGUACAUAAAGUCUCAUAUUUAUUAAUUCAUAUCAAAAAACAAGUAAAAGACAGAAGAACCCAACAGGUUGUUUUUAAAUAUUCCCGGUCAGGAUUUCGUUGUUCGCUCGCUGUGUGUUAGGAACACGUCUUUUCCUUCUUGUGCCUGAUUCGCUCACGUCACACUGGAAACGUCCAACAGUGUGGAAACAUGGCGUCUGACCUCCGACCCCCAAAGUCUCCUGCUGGAAAUCGUCCUGCAAGAAUCUCACUGACCCUCAAAACAAACACUGACCCCCAACGUCCGUUCAUGUGUUUCAGACCUGAGGUCCGAGAGCCUCCUCACGUCGACUGUUGUUGAUCCAUCAGUCAGAACUAGAACAUCAGACGAGUUUCAUCCUGCCGACAAACAAACAAACAGUGUGAACGACUCGAAAUCCAUUCACCGACGACUGAUCACGAGACAUCGUCCGGAGGCUGACACUUUCUCUUGGUUCUCACAGGUUAGAUCCACGUCCUCCUUCGCCUCGUCACUUACUGAAAAAGAGACAAACUCUUCCUGGAUUUCAUCAUCGUCUGAUUCUCCCCCGACAAAUCAGACACAGGACGCGUGGCGGACAUUUUAGCGGUUCCAUGUGAGAGAAUAUGCAACACAAACACGCAGGUUCAAGUCCCCAGAGGACAGACGGCGUGGUGCUGCCCGCGUGCCCUCGAGCCAGAGCACACAGACCACGUUAAUAUAUGCAAAUGACUAACGUAGUGUACUUUGACACUUCAUGCAGCUGAUGACAUCACAACAUCUGGAAACUUUCCUUCACUAUCUCCUUAUUCCCUCUUUCCUUACAUAAUACUGCACCACACACACACACACACACACACACACACACACACACACACACACACACCUGGCAGUAGGUACCACUCCAGUGUUGUAGAUGAACCCAGUUGCCAUGGUGAUGUAGUUGGGCAGCCAUGGCAACAGCAGUGUUGGGAUUCAGACAGAACUUCUCUUAUUAUGCUUCCUGACUCCUCUCCUUCCCUACCUCCUCGUAUCCUUCCCUACCUCCGGUCAUCGACUCCUUGUUGUCGUCGUCUCAGACGAUUAUUUAUUGGUUUUAUUGUUAUUUAUUAAUUUGAGUGUCUGAUGUUUGAACAUUUUCACUGUCACGCCUCAACUUCCUGUUUGUUAUUUUUCACAGUUGUUCAAGACUGAACUGAAGAAAACGAUCAGACGUUCAUCAAGUUAUUGAUGAGGAUCAAUUCAUCAAUGUACGGUCACCGUCACGAAUCUCAACAAGCUAUUUCACAGUAAAAGUCUUUGUCUGUUUGAACCACUAGAAAACUUUUACGCGAAAUAUCUGCAGGAAGUGAGAGUUUCUAUGACAACAAUUUAAAAAAGUUUUCAAAGUUCAGAAACUGGAGCACGAGACGUGUUUAACACUGUCGUUCCCUCCAAAAUAAAAAUAUGACAUAAAUGUCUCAAUAAAUUAUGAUAUUUAAUACGGUUAAUAUGUCGACAGUGAGUUUGUAAUAAAUUAAGUGAUGACGGAUGAAAAUGGGAGCGAGGAAACAAGGUGAAUAAUAUUUAUUGAUGUUUUCAUCAUCAGCUGUUUCACUGUCGAUUAUAUUCCACACUAUAUUUAUAUAUAUUUAAAUAACUUGACGUUAUAUAUAUAUAUAUAUAUAUAUAUAUAUAUAUAACGUUGUUUCCUGUUCUCUCUCUGGGGAAAUUAUUUUAUUUUGAAAAGCUGAAGGACAAACCUUCCGUUUCCUGUCACCUGCUGCUUUUUGCAGACUUAAUUUUCGUGCAAUAAAUCUUCAGAGGUCAACGUCCGACGCUCGCCACCGCACUAACUUUUAUUAAUGUGACGAACUGUACAAACUGCUGUACUAAAUUAAUCCAUAUUAUUAUUAAUAAUGUUAUUGACACUGAAUAUUGAGCUUGAGAAGCGUCUCAGUCUGAAAAUGCACUUUAAAUCAAACCUGAGCUCGGUUCACAUUUUAUUUGUGUUUUGUUUUAUUUGUCUUUCGCGAAAAACUGUAAAUCUGAUCGAUGCUGCGUUCAAGUCCCAUGUUUCACUGCAGGAAAUAAUAAAGUUCAUCUGGUCCUGAUCGCCCUGAGGGAGAUUUGAUUCAAAUUCAACCAACAAAUCAUAUUAUGAAUUGUAAGACUAAACAAAUAAUUAAGGGUCUGACUGAUUUGGACUGUUGCUGCUGGUGUUCGGAAGAAAAGGUUAAUAAGUGUAAACUUCUCUGAAAGACUCGACUGAUCAAUCUGCUGGAUGCUACAAAUAAUCAAUAUUUUGACAUGUCAUUGUAGGAUUUCUCUGUUGGUGUUUGAGGAGGGAACGCUUUAUGUGACUACAAUCAUGGCGUCUCAUGUAAGAAACUUUGAACUCUCUGCUCUCAUUGGUUAAUAUCUGCUUCCUUCAAAUCUGUGUGACUGAUGACUCACCUGUGUGGUGUCUGUCGAUUGGCCCUCACAACUCUGUUGGCUGCUCAUUGGUCGAUGUGAACUGUCGUCUUCUGUCAUUGGCUGCGACGUCUCUGAUGCUGCUAAAAUAAAAUAAAAAAUCCAACUGGAAA